AUGUCCGAGAACAAAGAACUAUCCGGCAAAGUCGCCCUCGUGACGGGCGCCAGUCGCGGAAUCGGCGCCGCAAUUGCCAUAAAAUUCGCCCAGCGCGGAGCAAACGUAGCCAUCAACUAUGUCUCCUCAUCUACCGCAGCCGACUCCAUCGCGAACGAAAUCCGCACUCACGGAGUCCGCGCUCUCACAGUGAAAGCUGAUGUCUCCAACGAGGCCGAAGUAAGCACCAUGUUCGAGGCUGUCAAGCGCGAAUUCGGCCGGUUGGAUAUCGUCGUGAGCAACUCGGGGAUUGAACAUUUCGGUGCCCUGGGAGAAGUGACUGGCGAUGAUAUUGAUCGCAUUUUUGCGGUUAAUGUCAAGGGUCAGUAUUUUGUUGCUCAGGAGGCGUAUAAGUAUCUGGAGGAUUUUGGGCGAGUCAUGUUGACGUCUUCUAUUUCUGCGGUGAAGGGCGUCCCUGGACACGCAGUUUACGCCUCUUCCAAGGCAGCUAUUCUCGGUAUGGCGAAAUGUCUUGCGGUAGACUUUGGACCACGAAACAUCACGGUCAAUGUUAUUGCGGCGGCCGGAGUCAAGACUGAUAUGUAUGAUCAUAAUUCGCCCAAGUAUAUUCCCGGCGGGGAGAACAUGACUCCGAAGCAGAUUGAGGAUUUGCUUUCCAAGUGGUCGCCUUUGGGUCGUGUAGGGCUCCCGGAGGAUGUUGCGGGCGUGGCGGCUUUGAUUGCUAGUCGGGACUCGCAGUGGUUGACGGGCCAGACAUUCCAUGUAUCUGGAGGGGCAUUUAUGAACUAA